AUGAACACUGUUAGUAGGGCACAAUUGGACAAUUUAGUACAAGAUUGGCUAUCAAUUGAUCCUAAUCCCCAAACAAGGGCCGAAAUCCAACAAUUACAGCAAGAACAAGAUUAUGAGAAGCUAGUACGAAAGCUUUAUCCACGAAUUACUUUUGGUACUGCUGGAUUGAGAUCCUCUAUGGAAUCUGGUUUUGCUCAUAUGAACGAUGUAACCGUGUUGCAAGCCUCUCAGGGAUUAGUUCAGUUUCUUUGUACAAAGUUUGACAAUCCGUCUAUUGUGAUUGGGUAUGAUCACAGAUAUCAUUCACAAAGGUAUGCUGAGCUUUUAGCAAGUGUGGCGUUAAUCAAGGGCAUAACUGUUUACUAUUUGGGAUCAGCUAAAAAUCUCUCUUUGGAGUCCUUGAGAUUGUCCAAGGGGGACUUUCCAAACAAUAGUGAUGGAGCAGCAGCAGCAGCAGAUAGAGGUUAUGUUCAUACGCCAAUUGUACCAUUUGCAAUUAACCAAUUACAUGCUUCGGGUGGAGUUAUGAUAACUGCAUCACAUAACCCAGCAAUGGACAAUGGCUACAAAGUGUAUUAUUCGAACGGAUGUCAAAUCAUUCCUCCUAUUGAUCAUGAAAUCUCCGAGUCGAUCAACGCGAACUUGAAACCAUGGAGUGAGAAUGUUUGGGAUGUAACGGGGAAUAUGUCGCAAGGUUUGAAAAAUGGACAACUAAAGCCAUCAAGAGAAGAGAUUGUAAAAAAAUAUGUUGAUCUGGUGAAGAGUAAGUUAGUUAAGGAUACGGAUAAGAAUCUUGGCUUUAAUUUUGUAUACACGCCCAUGCACGGAGUUGGUUUGGAGAUAUUUGAGAAAUGUUUACAGCUCUUUGAUAUUGAUAAAUAUGAGGUUGUGUCUAAGCAGGCAGUCCCUGAUCCUGCAUUCCCCACUGUCAGCUUCCCCAAUCCUGAGGAGAAAGGAGCAUUAGAUUUAGCUAUUGCCACUGCCAAAAAAUUGGGGUAUAAAUUAGUUUUAGCUAAUGAUCCUGAUGCCGAUAGGUUCAGUGUUGCAGCUGAAAACAAAAAUGGUGAGUUCAAACAACUCACUGGUAAUGAGAUUGGGUUUUUAUUUGCAAUGUAUGUCCUUGAGAAUAUUGGCAGCAGUGAAAACGAUUUAUCCAAAGUAUGCAUGUUAAAUUCGACCGUUUCGUCGCAGAUUUUGAAAGCCAUGGCUGAAAAGGAUGGAUUUCAUUAUGCUGAUACUUUAACUGGUUUCAAAUGGAUUGGAAACAAAGCGAUAGAUAUGGAGAAGGAAGGAUUUUUUGUACCAUUUGCAUUUGAAGAAGCGAUUGGGUUUAUGUUUAAUAUAGUGCAUGACAAAGAUGGAGUUUCUGCAGCAGUUGUCUUUUUGCAAUUGUUUCAACAGUGGUUCUCAAGCGGGGAAAUUGAUGUCUUUGAUAAAUUAGAAGAUGGGUAUAAGAAAUAUGGAUGGUUUAAAGAUUUAAAUGGAUACUAUCGAAUAAAAGAUUUGGAGGUUACGGAUAGAGUGUUUGGAGAGAUUAGAAAAUCGUACAAGGGGCAAAACUUUCCCCAGCAAAUUGGAGAUUUCAAAGUGGUUUAUUGGAGAGAUUUGACGGUAGGUUAUGACUCUUGUACUAACGAUCAUAAACCUACCUUAUUGGUGGAUGCAAAAUCACAAAUGAUUACUGGUGUGCUUGAACCUGUUUUCGAUGGAAUUAUGGAGAAAGAUGCAAAGUUAUCUGUAAGGUUCACUUGUAGAGGUUCAGGUACCGAGCCCAAAUUGAAAGUAUAUAUCGAGGGUACUUCAACAAAAAGCGAAGCAGAUGCAACAAGUAUUGCAGACAAGUGCUGGGAGACGUUAAAAGCAAAUUGGUUUAAACCUGAUUUUUACAAGUUGCAAGAGAUAAAGCCAUGA